AACCUCCUUCUCACAAUGAGGUGGUACAGGCUGUCUUCGAAGCCUGGUCAGAAAGAGAAGGAGCGAGGAGAGAUUCAGGUGAUCAUAGAGUUUGUGCGCAAUAACAUGACAGCCAGCAUGUUCGACCUGUCCUCAAAGGAGAAGCCCCGCUCAGCACUGGGCAAACUGAAGGACAGGGUGAAAGGCAAGAAGAAGCUCGAUAAUCCUCUGAUGGCCGAGUCUGCGUCAGCCAUUGUGCCGAGCAGUGUGGGGCAGAUCAUCAGUGAUGAGGAGUUCAAUGAGAAGGAGACGCUGCAGAAGAGGCCCAAGAAGGGUUUCUUCUCGAAACCCAAAUUACAUCGGUCAUCACUGACAAAGUCCAACAGCUCCCUCAGCUCCCAGCAAAGUGUGAAGUCGCUGGAAAGUGUCAGCAGCAGCACUGGGCCUGUGACAGUAACAUCGCCCAAAGCCACUGGAGCUCCGUCUGGGUUCCAUUCUCUGUUUAAUGAGACAGUAGAUGACAAUCCGUCCUUACCUAAGAAAAUGACGCACAAGAGGGCUCUUAGUGACGAGGUUGGCCAGACGAAUGUACCCAAUAUCAAAGGCCUUGCACCAAAGACAAGCCCAUUGUCCAGGUCAUCGCUCUGCAUCAAUGGGAGCCACAUCUACAGUGAGGAGCAUGCCUCCAAAUCACCUUCUAAUUUAUUCCCUGAAUUGACGUCCCUGUCCCAUUCCUCCCAGGAUAUUGCAAGCAAGAAAGAGCCCCCUCCUUGGCCACCUUCCCUGGAUGAGUCUGAGGUGACAUCCAGGGACACAACAAAGAUGGAGGCCAGGCUGAUCCCUCCAGUCAUCAGAGUGGCUGAUGAAGAAGGUGCUCCCGUCCUGACUGGAGACAGUGAGAAGAAGGAGGAAGUCAAAAGCACAUGGAGUCCCAAGCCCAUUCAUGCUGCUGCUCCCAUUAUCUCCACCAUCGAGCCAACAAAGAACAUCCCAGAUGAGACUAAGAAGGCCAGCAUUUUCCCCUUUGGAAGUGAGAGCAAAGAUUCCGAAAGCAAGAGAUCCCGGACUCCCUCGCCUGUGAGGAAAUGCAGUUCUUUGGCGGAAAAGAGUAAAGGCAGUGGCUGGUUCCUGAAGGAUGCGAAUCACAAACCAAGCCUGGAAGUGUCUCCUAUGGUAGAAACCAAUUCAAAUGCUCCCUCGUUCUUUCCUUGCUUACCAUUACAUCCUCCUCUUCCUGUUCCUCCUCCGUCUCUUCUUCGUCAUUCUCUUCAUACUUCGACCAAUCCUGGCUCACCAGAUUGCGCAACUAACACUAACCUUUUCACAACUGCUGAGGAAGCCCCUGGGUCAUCCUCAAAGCCAACUACCAAUCCUUUUUUCAAUGCCCUACAGAGUAACCCUUUCUUUGAGGAUCUCUUAGCUGAUCAGAUAUUAAAGUCUCCUCCAUUCACUUCCUGUUUCUCUAGUUUAAACUUUGGGUCUCAAGGUGUACCUGAUGUGUCAGUUCCCUCCUCAAAUACAGCCGAUUCCAAUGAAAGCGAUUUGUUUGACUUGGCAAAAUCUAUUGCCAAUGAAGAGGUUGCUGCCAGCCCACUUCCUGCCCCAGCUUCUACAAUGGCCAGAGAAAGUACAAGCUCCUUCCAAAGGCUAGAGACUUCGGAUCCAUUGGUCAACCUAGAUUCAGCCGUGUGGUCAGCUGUCUUCCCUGUACUGCCACCUGAUGCUGAGGUUAAAGGUGAAGUAAUGCAUGCACCGUUAGCCCAAACAAGCGUCCUGUCAACGGCAGAUUUGAAAGUCACUGCCCCUUUCAAAACCAAACAAAUGAAAACGAUGUAUCAGGGAGAAGCGGAAUGUUCCUCCAUGUUCGUUCCAGCAGUGGAUCACAAGACUGUCGAUAUGAAUCCUUCGGUUCCAACUCCAAAUACCACAUCAAUCCAUGUCAAUAAUUCAAGUGGCAGCACUUCGAAGAACAUCUCUGGACAGCAGGCCAAAGAACCCAAGAAUGAUGCAUCUUCCAAUAUAAUGCUGAAAGGAACCACUACAGACAAUGCAAAACCCUUAGAUAUUAGAACUUGCUCACUACAGGACACUACCCUUUCGCCAUCCAUUGAGCUGCCAUCCAAGGUGGAAGGUGGUAGCUCAUCUCCAAUGAUUCAAAAUGCUGCCCUUAACAAAGAAAGACAUGCUUUUGUACCAGAACUGAAAACUGAGCUUGAACCAAACACUGUAUGUGAGUCUUCUGUCAUACACCAAGAAAAGAUCACAAACAAUCAUAAUGUGGAGAAACUGUCAGCACUGAAGGAAAGUGACAGAAACCCAAGGGAUACUGCCAAACACUCGGAGAGUUGUCAGUAUGUUGGAAAUUCUCUAUUAUCGGUAUAUGCACCAGAGGUCACUUCAGAUGAGAGUGAUGGGACAACAGGAGCCAAAAAUACGAAAGCCAACAUUGUGCCUUUAUUCCAAGAUGGUGAGGAUAAUAUUCAAGGUAAUGUUUGUCCAUUCAGUUCCCAAGGUUUCUUUGGCAAAGAUGACAAACAGUACUCUAAAUAUGGUCAAUGUGUUCUCACAGUGGAGCACAAAUUCCAGAAUGUAGACAUUCCCUGUGAGGAUGCAGACGGGAGCCCAGCGACCAUUGAAGCUGAAAAAGAGAGGUCUGAAUUCCUCGUCCAAUCGGACACUGAGUUUAUACAGAUUGGGCCUCCACCUCCCAAACCGCCCAGAUCACUUGUUUGCACCAAUCUGGGUUUGGAAGAGACAGUCCACUUGAUGAAGGAACAGAAAAGAGAAAAGGAGAUGCCAUUUGACCUUCCAGAAAGUUCAUCGCAGUCUGUAAAUUUAGCGGAGCGACAGUCAGAUCAAAGGUUUGAACAAAAGGCCUCUCUUGUGGUCUCAUGCCCAGCUGUUGAUGAGGUAAAUCCUGAUCGGACUGAUUUUAUUGCUGCAGAGUCUGCCGCUAAGGAGCUUGUGGAUAAUAUUAGACCAUCAAAAGAUGUGGUAACUAAGGGAGAAGCCUCUUAUGGGACCGUUGAGUUGAGUGCAAAUGAGAGGACAGGGGUUGAGCACUAUAAGACCUGUCUUUCUGCGCUCUCAGUGGAGGGAAUAAACACAUUGAUUGAUGAUGGAAAUUCAAACAAAUUGGAUGAUUUCCACCAACCUCUUUCUUUGGGGCUAAUUGAAGUCCACCAGGCUAAGCAACCUGUUAAAUUACAACCCAGUUUGUUGAAAACAACUGCUGCAGUGAACUCACUAGAGGCCAUCUCACCGGCAGAGGAGAAACCACCACCAAUCCAGAAAAGCUGCAAUGCAUUUCUGAAAGAGGAGGCCAGCUUGUUCUUGCCUGAUCAGACUGACCAGUCAGAGCUGGAGUUCAUAUCAGCCGUUGAGGAACUGCCGCACAAAUCCAGUCCUAUCUUGUCUGAGUGCACAAUGUCAUUGGGGAGUGAUAUUGAGUUCUCUGGAGAGCUGAAGUCUGAAAUGAGUGAAGCAGCUGGAAAGAGUAGGGGGGCUUCCACACUGAUAAAUCCUGAGCAGACACUAAUUGGGAACAUGGAAGUGGAAACUCAGAAUGGCCAAACCAGCAAGAUUGUGUGUCAGAGUGUUGGGGUCAGGCCUUCCCCAUCCUGCGUGCCUGUGACACUUGGAGCAGAAAUGGAACAGCAAACCAGAGGAGAAGAAGCCAACUUGGCUGAGCAUUCUCCGCCUGAUCUUUGUCCAUCUUUGACUGUACGAUCUGACUGGGGGCAGAUUUCAGAAAAAGCCAAUGGUAUGGCCUAUAAAAGCGAGCCUUCUGCCCAGAAUGUUGACCUCCAGUCUAUCAGCAACGGUAGGCCAGUGACUGAGGAUCGCUCUUUAUCUGCACCCCAUAGCUACUCUGCUGCCUGUGACUCCUCCUUUGAGGGAGGACUGAGCUUUAAAGAACUUCAUUUAAAGGCUGCACCGCAUGCCCUUCCAGUCACUAAUUUUACUAGGGCACCGCUGGCCCAUCCUCCACCAAGUAACAAGCCUUUGGCCUUCUCUACCCCUUAUCCUGUGGCUGUAACUAACUCUAGAGUACCCAAUCUCCCCUCUCCCAUCUUCUUCCCUUCGAAUGUUAUUCCCCCGUCAGAGACCACACAGCCAGCGGUCACCCCCCAUCACUCGCUGCAGUCCAGUGGUUCGAAGGUGACGCCGCUUACGGUUUUGCCCCGGGAGACACAGCCAGCUGAGAUGCCUUCACCUCAGCAGAGAAUCAGUCCUCAUCCCGUGAAGCCAAUCAGCAAUACAGUGCAGAUUACAGAGAAGAAAUCUGGUCUGUCAGGGAUUGGCAGCACUUUAAGCAGCGGGCUUGAGAAACUGAAGAAUGUGACCACAGGAAGUAUCAGCCCCAUCAGAUUACCAACACCCGGUCAGGAGGAGCAGGAAACAGUCAAGGAAUCCAAGCCCACUGACCCAGUCGCUCGUUACUACCACCUGACUCAUGAUGAACUCAUCAAAAUAAUUCUGCAGCAGGAGUUGGAGAUGAAGAAGAAGGAGGAACAUGUGCGAGAUUUAGAAGAAUACAUUGAUAUAGUGUUAGUGCAAGUCAUGGAGCAAAAGCCCAGCAUUCUCCAAGCAGUGAGUGAAAAGAUGAAGAACAAGGCAGUUAACAAAUGAUACAGCCUUGUGACUGUGGAAGGGUUUCCUCUCUACCCCUUAUACUAGUAAAUGCUGGAACCAAAUAAUACAACAGAUUUAAUCAUUUUCCUGCUGUAGAUGCCCUGUGUUUUUAAAAUGAUUGUUCCAAGAGAGACAUUCGUAAUCCGCUAAAGAGAUGGUUAAAGGGGAACAUGACUUAGUCACACUUUAGCUGGAACAGUGUUUUCACAGUUGCAGCCAGAAGGCAAAUGCAGCUCUGAUUUGUUGGUUGGAUAAGAGUCGGGAAUUAAAUUAGAGGAACCUAUAGUUAAUGGGCAUGAUCCUGCAGCAUCAAGCUUAUCCUAUAAUUCAGCACAGAUUGACAACAAAUUGGCAGUUUUAUUUACAGGCCACGAAUGUUUGCUGUGCAAAAUGUAAGUUCUGAAAGAGAAAAAUAUUCAGAGCUUGCACGUAAGGAGACUUCCCUCUGGUUGAAGCAAAGUUAACAGUAGUUUUAAACUGCAUAUAACCUGUGCUAUAUACCAAGUACCUGUGCCUUUGCAAGCAUGCAACAAGUCCCAUAAAAUAUGUUCAUUGUUUUUCAUUUAUACUCAUCUUCCAGCCAUCUGUUAGUACACACUUUUUUGUACAAAAAACAAUGUCCUAUUUGUUUUUCUCAUCUGUUUUGGCUCUGUAACCAUCUGAUAUCUAGGAAUAAGAAAGCUUCUCUAUGCAAUUUAACUGUUAUUGAUGUGACAGAACUGAUGACCUUUCAAAAGAACAAUAACUGACCAUAUACUUUGCCACUGCCUAUUUCUUCCACUCACCAAUCAGUACUGGAGAAAUUGCAUUCAAGUGACCGCAGUUUCCUACUAUUCCCUCAUGGACUUGUGACUCUCUUCAUGUCUAGAAGUUAUAUAAUCCAACCAGUGUAUUGUGUCAGAGCCUGAACUGAUUGUCGCCUUCUAUCCACACUGGAGCACUUUCUGAUAAGGUUCAAAGGAUUGGCACUAGGAAACUGCCCUGCUUCAUUUUACCCCUUCCCUCGUCCUGCACACUGAAGGUAACUGUAGUGUUUUUGACAACAGUUCAAUGAGCACUGACACAGGUUGGUCAUGGAGGCAGUUUAAUAUAUUUUGAAUAAAUUUAAGUUAUCAAGCGAUUACAGGACAAUUUUGUUGCUGUUUCCCACUCCUAGGUCGCAUCUGAGGUCUGCUUCCAUUUGCAAAUAAAACCUCCAACUGAAUGGUGACUGUUGGCUUAAAUAAAAAUCAGAAAUUUUUGAAGUGAUAUUGUUAAGGAAGGGUUAUACGUGUACAAGCAAAAUUGCAUGUGUUUUGACAGGAACGGUGUCCCAAACAACAAAGUCGUCCUCAGGAAAGCAUCUACCUUAAAACUUCAGUUAUUUUUGUAAGAGUUGGUUAGUUUCUGUCUCAGUCGGAAUUUAUCGACAAAGAUUGUUUAAAGUCACUGUAUAUAAAUAUUUCUCUUGCUAGUAUACUUCGUAUAAUCUUAACUCAGCUUCCAAAGUGAGAGUGUUCAGAAAUUGUACAUCUGUUCUGAAGCAAAUCCAUUGUGAUAAGCUGCUUCUAAAAUUUAAAUCUGAUCUAAUUUAAAAACUGAGUAAAACCUAAGGUUGAGAAGUUCAUUAUCCUGAAUGCUGGUGUUGCAGUACCUACUCCAUAUGGAUUCAUAUGUUAUAAGGUCCUAAAGGACACAGUCACUGCAACAAUCAAUCUGUAUCAUUAUCUAUAGAAUAACUCGUGGGCUGAAAGAAAAAGAAUUUGACAAAUAAAUUGAAUGUUUAUUUUUCUGUGGAAUUGAAAUGUUUUCAACAGUAAUUUAUAUCAUGGAUUUAUUUUGAAGUGGACAGGUUUGGAUUUGGUUUUUUUUCUCUACUUUAUUAGCUGCCAUUGUGGAUAGGGAGUGUUCAAUGUAUAGGAUACUUACCCAUUUCUUAGACAGUCACAAUGUAUAGAAUCUCAACAUGUCCCUAUCCUGUUCAUGUCAGAAUGUAUAGAAUCUAAACGUGCCCCUAUCCUUUGUGGUAUUGUAUCUCAAUACAUCUUAUCCUAUUUUAGAUUGAAGAGAACCCUGUCUAAACUCUACUACCUUUAUGUAAUUAAAACAAAAUCCUGCUUUCAGAAAGUGAAGAUGGAGCUUUAAAAAAUGCUGCUUGUUAAUAAAGUUACAUCAUGAAAUAA